AGCGGCAUAAACCUUGGCACAUAAAUCAGGAUCCCAUAAAUAACGGCCAUACUUCGCUUUUACAUCUCCUCUGGACUAACAGACAAUAAAAACACCAAUAAGCAGAGAUUGGAUCUAAUUUAUUGCCUCGUAAAAGCGCGCGGAGGAUCGCUCGGUCCGUGCAGAAGGAGCAGCAGAGCUGCGGCGGAGAGACUCUGCCUCCACUUCACCAGCGCCAUUUUCAUAAGCGCGCGUUCAGCGUGUUUUCCAGGCAGUGCGUAAACAACAAACAAAAACAGCCGUUCACGUGAGACUUAACCGCGUCCCUGCGCUGCUCUCAUCUCAUAAUGUAAUAAUCAUAAUGUUAUAAUAACAAAAUCUGAAUCACAGUCAAGCACUCACAACUGGGAGGCCACGUGCUCUGACUGUCUUAAUGAAUUAUAAUAAAAUAAUAACUAUUAUUAAUGAUAUUUGUUCGGAUUAAUUACGUUCAACAAUUAUUUAAAUUUAGAUCGUAAUUAUUCGUGUAUUUUAGGCAUAUUUUGUUGCGUUUUAUUGACAAAUGUUUUGUAUUUAAUUAAAGUAAAAUAUUUUGACAUUAUUCAUAAUAGAAGAAAUUUUAGAAGUUUACAUUUAAAAGGAAAUAUUUAUACAAAAUAGCCCUCUCCAAAGCAAAAUGGAAUAAAAAAUAAAUUGGUAUUUUAAUAAGCUAAAUUAAAUGAAAAAACAAUAUCUGAAUUUUAGAUCAAAUUUUAAAACAUUGCCCUGUUAAGUUCUGUGGCAUUUCCAUUAUUAAAUAAACAUUUUAUUUAAAAGGUAGAACAGAACAAAAAAAGUAAAACAAAGAAGAAACAACACAAAGCAUGUUUUGCUCUUUGAGCGAGCGCGCGUUUCCGUGCCUUCGCUCCUAAACUCCUACGCACAUUUCUGCUGGUUGGCUUCUCCUCGGUGCAGAGACAGCUGGAGAAACUGGAGAAACUAAACUUCGUUAUUUUUAAAAUAAAUGUAUAUAUAUAUAAUGAACAUUUUUAAUUUAAAUUAAUUGGUAAAUAAAAGUCGCACUUUUGUCGCGCGCGCGUUGGUGCUUGUAGGUCGGGAACUGUUUGUGACAAAGAAAAACUCCAUCUGGGUGAAGAAUGAAGACAGAGAGGCCGAGGACAUGACUGCAGCUCCCUUCCUCCGUGGGAAGAAAGAAGAGCUGCUGUCAGCUCUCUCCAAGAGAAAGAUUGAUCACCGCAUUUCUUUUCUCCCACUCGGGGCUCCUGUGGCCCUCCUCAAAACUUCCCUGUUAAACUCCCAAAUUCUUGAUUUUUAUCUUAAAUCUGCCCGUGCGUGGUUUUUGGGGUCUUUAGGGGAAAAAAAACAGUUUUGGGUAUUUUUCCCCCGCUUGCUUCAGUGUUGGAAUUGUUUUUUUUGCGUGGAGGGACGCGGCGCGCACUCUCGACUGUUUUUAAGCCCCAGAAGCGACCCCGGUGUGAACUCUGGAGAUCUCCGGGCAUGAAGACACCGGCGCACUGAACGGACACCUCCGUAACCAGCCUCGGUGUCCUGCUGUGAGCCUGAUAACAUUUGAACUAGAUUUCUAGCACUCUGUCACGCAAACACCAUCACACACAAAGAUGCGGAAAUUCAACACUUACACACUUUUCCCUGCUAAGCCUCUGUCUGCUCCAUCUGAGCUACGCUCCCCAUCCUUCCUGCCGCAGCAUUUCACAGCAUCUCCGCGUUUUCUGAGCCUAAGUGGGGGACUUUAACCUGUGUCACACUCUAAGAUUAAUGAUCUGAGCGUUUGGAAACAGAUUCUUUCACUCCACAGAGAAGACAUAUUGUAAACGGUACUGGCCAGCUCCUCUCGCCUGAUGUUACCCGCCAUUACAUCAGCCCAGAGGAGUGGAGCAAAUGCCCAUUGUUUGCGCCUGUCAUCGGCUGGGAUGCGCGGACUUGCCGCCCACACGGCGCACAUGGCGACCGGUCGCCUUCUCCCUUUCUUGCCCCUCAGAAAUGGCCCCCCGUUAGGGCCAAACAAUGGCACAGGGAUUCUCUUUGCCUCCAUAUUUGGUGGAAAAAAAUAAUAAUCCUGCUUCCCAUAGACAUCUCAGCCGUUGGGCCUGGGGCACUGAUUGGCUGUUCUGGGUCACGUGACGAGGAAUUGGCUGCAAAUUCGCCCCAUAGUUCUCCAGUUUAGCUGCCCAGGUCUCCAUACGCCUGUAAUAUCACCAAUAUACACAAUUAUGAAAUAGCCUACGCCUUGACGCCGGCGCGGCCAGGAGCUUACGUGCUGGUGCGUGUUUUUAUUUGUUUUGUCAUUUCCCUGAUAAGCCAUAUUGUGUUCUGUGGGUGUGCACGCGCAUGAGCGUGCGCGCAUGCCUGUGUGUGUGUGUUUGUCCCUUUUUUUCUUUUUGUUUUGGGGAAGGGAUUAUUCGGGGUUUCGCCGUUUGAGGCUGAAACCAGGCUGAGGAAGCUAUGAAUUUUGAAUUUGAGAGAGAGAUCGGGUUUAUAAACAGCCAGCCUUCCCUAGCAGAGUGCCUGACGUCCUUCCCCGCCGUCCUGGAGUCAUUUCAAACUUCAUCAAUCAAGGAGUCGACAGUAAUUCCGCCUCCCUUCGAGCACACCAUCCCCAGCCUGAGCCCUUGCACAGCCAUCCAGCCGACAGCAGCUGCUGGGAAUCAGCAAAGCCGACGAGCCUCUGCCACAAAUGGCCACCAGACGCACCACCGUGUCGCGGAGCAGCCCGGUCCGCCUGGCCAGGCCCCUGCCACGGCCACCCCGGUCGCUCCGCUGGCCCACGAGUUUCCCUGGAUGAAGGAGAAGAAAUCUUCUAAGAAGUGUUCGAAGGCUGGAGGCGGCUCCGGCGGCGGAGGAUCGGUGUCAACCCCGGCCCCGUCCUACCCGUCUCCAACCGCCCCUGGGUACGCCUCAGCGGACGUCGAGUCACCCACAGAUUCCAGCCAGGCGGCUCUGGACGCCAGCGCGGCCGGGUCCCGCCGUUUGCGCACCGCCUACACCAACACGCAGCUGCUGGAGCUGGAGAAGGAGUUCCACUUCAACAAGUACCUGUGCCGGCCGAGGAGGGUGGAGAUCGCCGCACUUCUGGACCUAACGGAGAGACAGGUUAAGGUCUGGUUCCAGAACCGGAGGAUGAAACACAAGCGACAAACCACACACCACCGGGACGGCGGCGGAGGAAGUCCGCCCUCCAGCGCGUUCGAACCCCUGGAAGGCGCCGACGCGUCCUCUCCCUACUCCAGUCAGCCGCUGGAGGCUUCUGGGACGGGGGAGGCCUCCUCGGACGGGGAGCACGGGGGCGAAAACCCCGUUUCUUUCAACGAUGACAGCGGGGACAAUACGCGUCCCACGCCGGAGGACACAGGCCGUUCGCGCGCCUCUGAACGCCCACUGCUGCUCGGCACAGCUGGUCCGCAUGACUCCACCGCGCCCCAGCCUUCUCCGCCCGCAUUCCCGCAGAAAAACAGCAGCACUGCCGGCCUGAUGCAGCUGGGGGACGCGGCGUUCUCCGAGCAGAGGGACCCCGCGGCUGCUUCAUCCCAGCCUCACGCCAUCUCCUCCUCCUCCUCUUCCUCCUCCGCGGCCCUCCCUGACCUGACCUUCUUCCCGGAGGACGCCUGCCUCUCGCCCAGCCUCCAGAGCUCCCUGGACAGCCCGGUGGAUUUCUCCGAGGAGGACUUCGACUUGUUCACAAGCACACUGUGCACCAUAGACCUGCAGCACCUCAACUUCUGAGGCGACAUUAAAAACAAACGAAAAACAAAAAAAAUUAAGAAAGAAAAGGAAGAGAAAAAAACUGAACGCAUUUUUUUAAAAAAGAAUCCCGGCAACAUUCCAUAAACAUGAAGUUUUUUUCAUGCUUUUUUCCGUCCUGGUUUUAAUUUCCAGCUGUAAUGUAACAGUUUUUAUUUUUCAUCUCCAAAAGGAUAUUUUUGUUUUUCUGAGUAGAAAAUGUGGACAAUUUCUCUUAUUUGUCCCCUUGAAUAUAUUUGGAUCGUUUCUUGGUUGCGGGCCGUUCCUCCUCCUCCUCCUCCUCCUCCUCAGCGCGUGGAUUCGUUUCCUCUCGUGCUCCCGUGCAGCUUCGUGGAUCCUCAUAAUUUCUCAGGAACGGUGGCAGAGUCUGGACUGCUUCAGAAAACUCUCUGACGAGUGGAAAAACCCUGCUGAAGACACCAGGUUUAGACCUUAGUUUAUUUAUUGAGAUUCUUUAAUAGUGAAAAUCCAAAUUAUUUAUUGUACAUAUAUUUUCAUAGUGGAAUAAUAAUAAUAAAAAAGAAAGAAAAAAAGAAAAUUUUGUGCAUAAUUUUGUGUUAGAAUAUUCUUAAAAGAUUUGUUCAUGAUGUUUUAUAUUUUAUUUAAAAUGGCAACAUUAUAAAUUCUUAGAUGGCAAUAUUUUAAAAAAUGCUGACUAAUUAUUAGGAAAACAUGAAUUUAACAUUUGAAUGACAAUUAGGGUGUUAGUCAUUUAGUACAUUGUUUUUAAAAUUGAUCAAAAAUUACCUUAAUUUUCAAUUUGAGACUAAUGUGUACAAUUUGUUCCACAUUAUAAAAUAGGUUAUUUAAAAAUAUAUUGGAAUCAUUGAACCUAAUAAUAAUUGUUUUGUAAAAUGUUCCCAUUAAUUGUUUAUUAAUUAUAGGCAAGUCUACAUGAGUUCUUUGUGCAGACUGCAGAGCCUGACUGUGCAAUUAUUUUUUACGACAUAAUUCUAAAAGGAGAAUAAUAAAACCAACAAAUCCAUGCUGUUGUGGUCAGGGAUGCAUUCAACAGCAGGGUGCUGCAUUCGCACUCCUGCAGCUUCUGUGUUCCCCUUCCAGAGAAGCACAGACAGGAAAACAGGACUCCCCUCUGCUAGCCUGUGAUGCUAACAUGCUAACUGCUCCCCUCCAGAGUCAAAAUGGCGCUGGAGACAAAGGAGGAUGUGAACAAUGAGCAGUGGCAGCCAUUACAGGAUGACUGGCCCACAGUGACAGGCGCCGCGUUCCAGGCUUUUUACGAAUCAAAUAAAUAUAGUAAAAAUAAUUCAAAUUGGCUACAAUAAAAAAUUUAGUAAUAAUAAUAUAAAUAUUAUUACUUUGGAGAUUUUUGAUUUGCAAAUCAUUCAUCCAGAGCUGCAAGGUAUUUGGCUAAAUUAUUCAUUUAUUUUAGAAUUUCAAUAAAUGUUUAUGAUAAAGCCCAGAUUUGACUUUCCAGCCCAAAUAAGCUGCUUAAAAAAAA